AUGGAACUGCGCUCUCCCAACAUCACAGUGGUGACUGAGUUCAUCUUAGUUGGCUUCCAACUUUCCAAGACCUUAGAGUGCUUCUUGUUUUGGGUGUUCCUGAUGGUUUUUCUGCUCACCUUAACUGGGAACUUCGCCAUCAUCGCCCUGGUAAGCAUGGACCGACGCCUCCAGAGCCCCAUGUACUUCUUCCUCUGCAACUUGUCUCUUCUGGAGACCCUCUUCGUCUUGACCAUCUGCCCGAAGAUGCUCAUAAGCCUGAUUUCUCUGAAUAAAACUAUUUCUUUUGGGGGAUGUAUUGCCCAAUGCUAUUUCUACUUCUCAUUGGGUACCUGUGAGUGCGUUCUUAUUGCUGUGAUGGCCAUUGAUCGCUAUGUUGCUAUCUGCUACCCUCUCCACUAUACCAUCAUCAUGAACAAACGUCUUUGUGUCAUUUUGGCCCUGGGCUGCUGGACUGGGGGAUUUCUUCUCCUUCUCGUUCCAGUGCCCUUCCUUCUCCAUCUAUCCUUCUGUGCCUCUAAUCUCGUUGAUCAUUUUUUCUGUGACUAUGCCCCGAUUAUAAAGCUUUCUUGCAGCAAGAGUGUGCCUUUCCUCCUGGACUUUGAGACAGCUCUGUCUUUAGUGGUGAUGCUCACCUCCUUAUCUAUCAACGGGGUCUCCUAUGUCUAUAUUAUUUCCACCGUCCUACGGAUGCACUCAAAAGGCCAGAGAAAGACCUUUUCCACCUGUGCUUCCCACAUGACAGUAGCUAGUGUUUUCUAUGGCAGCUCUAUCUUCAUGUACUCCUUACCCACCAAAGGACAUUCGCGGGGUGUGCAAAAAUCCACUGCACUUCUCACUGCGGUUAUAACUCCAUUAUUGAAUCCUUUUAUUUACACCCUGAGAAACCAGAAGGUCAAGGAGGUCUUAAAAGACUGUCUGAAGAACUCAUUUCCACACUGA